GGGCGGGCGGCGGCGGCGGCGGCGGAGCGGGGGCGGGGCGGCGCCGUCUGGCUCGGUCGGGCUGGGGCGGGAGCACGGCGCGGGACGGCGGGGCCCGCGGGCUGAGGACAGCGGCCUCCGUGGCCCGCAGAGUGCUUAUGAUUUCACGUAUUUUUGCUGAAUUUGUAAAAGAGGCACGUCGAUGAUGGAUUAACACGAACAUUGAAAUUCUGUGCCCAGUUUCGAAUUGGAGCAUAUUGAAUUUUCACCCUAGUUCAGCAGCUCUGCUGCUCACUUAAAUGCAGUUGAAUGAAGACCCCAUUCGGGAAGACACCUGGCCAGCGGUCCAGAGCUGAUGCAGCCUCUCUCUUCAGGCAACUCCAGUCCCCACUGCUCUCUCUCCACUGAAGCCUCAGGCCAUGCUGGUGUAUCUGCAAGCAUGAUGAAGAAAAGGACGUCUCACAAAAAACACCGGAGCAGCGUGGGGCCGAGCAAGCCCGUGGCCCAGCCUCGGCGGAACAUCGUAGGCUGCAGGAUUCAGCAUGGGUGGAAGGAGGGCAGUGGCCCUGUCACCCAGUGGAAAGGAACCGUUCUGGACCAGGUGCCUGUAAACCCUUCCUUGUAUCUUAUAAAGUACGAUGGAUUUGACUGUGUUUAUGGACUAGAACUUAAUAAAGAUGAAAGAGUUUCUGCACUUGAAGUCCUCCCUGAUAGAGUUGCAACAUCUCGAAUCAGCGAUGCACACUUAGCCGACACAAUGAUUGGCAAAGCUGUGGAGCACAUGUUUGAGACCGAGGAUGGCUCUAAAGACGAAUGGAGGGGAAUGGUCUUGGCACGUGCCCCUAUAAUGAACACAUGGUUUUACAUCACCUAUGAGAAAGACCCGGUCCUGUACAUGUACCAGCUUUUAGAUGAUUAUAAAGAAGGUGACCUUCGCAUUAUGCCUGAUUCUAAUGAUUCACCUCCAGCGGAAAGGGAACCAGGAGAAGUUGUGGACAGCCUAGUAGGCAAACAAGUGGAAUAUGCCAAAGAAGAUGGCUCUAAAAGGACUGGCAUGGUCAUUCAUCAAGUAGAAGCCAAACCGUCUGUCUAUUUCAUCAAGUUUGAUGAUGAUUUCCAUAUUUAUGUCUACGAUUUGGUGAAAACAUCCUAGAUGUCGUCAUGAACUUUGCCAAAUUUGUGGAACUAUUAAAUGUAUAAUUUGUAGACAUAAAGACUUUCUGCUUUCCAGUUUAAUGAAAGCUUAAAUGUCCCUGCGAACCCACAAUCUCUGCCAGCAGAACGGGUUUUGUUCUGAAUAGUACAGAUUUAUGUGAACACAAAGUCUUUUGUGUAAGCAACUCCUUCCUCUUAAAAAGAAGUCUGUCUGUCUGGAGGGGAGUUACAGGUAAAAGUUAAGCUAGUAUCAUUGUCAAGUAAAACUGUAAUCGAUUUUAUCCAUUUCCCCUUCACUCUUAACAUUCUCUUAUUCUGCUGCCACAAUGCAAGCAUAGUUUGGUAUUUUUGUUACUGCCUCUUUUUUGAGAUAUAUAUGUAUCAAUAUCUACCUAUGUCUGUGUGUAUACAUAUAUAAUAUAUAUAUAAAUGCACACACAGAUCUUUGCACGUGUGUACGUGAGCGUACACACACACUUUAUUGGCAGUCCUUUCUUUGUGGAUUGGGAUGAGGUUAAAUAAUUUCUCCAGUUUAAUAGGAGUGCUUGAUCCAAGUCAGUCAUAAUUAACAUAUUAAUACUGUUUACUUAAAAUUAAAUUUGGGCACAGGAAGCACAUAGGGAUGUUCAGCUUGUUUCAAAGUUGAAAGUUCAGAGCACCUUUUUCAAUUUGGAGGCUUCAAACCAUAAGUCCAAAUAUAAAUCACUUCUUAACAGCUAAUGACCCACAUUAGAAUUUUAUAAAAUAGUUAGAAAUCUGGGUAAAAGGCUGCCUUUAAAUCUAAGCUUUGUAAAUUCUUUUGUUUACAUAUUUUAUCAAUUUUUUUUUUUUUUUUUUUUUUUUUUUUUUUUUUAAGCAAAGUCCAGGUGCUUGAUCCACACAGUGUAAUGCCAGUGUAUUUUGGACACACAUUGGGUCCAUUAUUUGUACAAAUCGGUAACCUGGAUUUUGGUACAGAUUGAAAAGCAGCAGUGCACCAGUUGCCUGUGUGUAUGUGGCGAGGUCCUGGAAGAACACAAUACUUGAUGUUAAUAAUGUAAGUUGAAGAAUGACAAUGUUGCCCUCGAACAAGUUCUCUGGGACACUUGCAUUUUUAUUGCUACUAUUACUGAUAUAUGAUUAUGGUCCAAAGGCUUUUCCCCCUGGCUUUCCCCCACAAAGAAUGUCUAGGCAAAUCCCAGCUCAAACCUCCUGACAUCUUUUGGGGUACUGUAUGUUCUUGCUUAUGAUGUGCUGCUUCCAUGGACACGGUUACCCCAGGGUCAGUGGCCCACGCUCCUUUGUUGGUGUGACUGAUACCACCCUUAGCCACAAUCCUUCCCUGGCUUAGUUCUUCACGGCAGUUUUAACUGAAAAAGUGGUUGGUUUAGCAGCAAUACACCCAUGUGUCGCUUUGUUUUAGAUAAGCCACAGCCGUUUGAAAGGUAGGAUAAGGCCUUACGUGAAACCAGUCUCUUGGGGAGAUUGGAAAUCUUACCUAAGAUUUGGGUAGAAGGCUGAACACUCUUGUUGUCAAUCGACCUCCAUCAUGGCUGUCCUUGCUGUCAGAGAUUUUGUAGUUUGAAGGUCUCACGUGUGAUUUGCAUGAUGCCCACUUCGCUCCAGGAAGGCUGCACCUAGUGCUGUGGAUGGUAGCCCUGCACGCCAUAAACGUACACACCACGUUUCCGACAGCGCAUCCAGCGCCGCCUCGCAGCAGCCAAGGGCCAGCUUCUCCAGCAGAGUUACCUAGGUCUUAGGUACUCUGCCUGUGAACAGACCAGUGUCAUCGGCACACCUGUCCGCUGUUCUCCUGGUGGCUCUUGGAAGAUGCCUGCAUGUGAAUCUAAGGCCAAGCCUGGCUCCCCAAACCCAGUGGACACGUGGCCCAGAGAGGGAGUGUGUCUAGAGCGUGCACUACACAAACAGCACAGUGACUUGGGGCUGA